CCGCGGCCGCUUGCGCUAGGCCCGGCGCCGACGUGCACGCCGCGGCCCACGGGCCCGGGGAGGCCUCGGCCAUGCAGAGCCUUAUCAAGUACAGCGGCAGCUUCACCCGCGAGGCCGUGGCCGUGCGCCCCGGCGGCUGCGGCAAGAAGAGCCCCUUUGGAGGCCUGGGCACCAUGAAACCUGAGCCUGCCCUCACCACCGCGGGCACCCCACGCGCCCAGGCCCGCCUGCCACACCCCGGGGGCCCUGCGGCCAGUGGGGGCCGGCAGCUGAAGCGGGACCCGGAGAGGCCGGAGAGCGCCAAGGCUUUCGGGCGCGAGGGCUCUGGUGCCCAGGGAGAGGCAGAGGUGCGACACCCGCCCGUGGGCAUUGCGGUGGCCGUGGCCCGGCAGAAGGACAGUGGCGGCAGUGGCCGGCUGGGGCCGGGGCUGGCAGACCAGGAGCGCUCCCUGUCGCUGAGCAACGUCAAAGGGCACAGCCGAGCUGAUGGUGACUGUGGGGACGAGAGGACCAGGCACCGGGAGGAUCGGCUGCUGGGGGCGCGGCUGGACCGAGACCAGGAGAAGCUGCUCAGAGAAAGUAAGGAGCUGGCUGACCUGGCCCGCUUGCACCCCACCAGCUGUGCUGCUAAUGGCCUGAACCCCAACCUCAUGGUGACUGGUGGCCCAUCACUGGCAGGCUCUGGGCGCUGGUCCGCUGACCCCGCAGCCCACCUGGCCACUCACCCCUGGCUGCCCCGCUCGGGCAGCACGUCCAUGUGGCUCGCUGGACACCCCUAUGGCUUAGGCCCCCCACCUCUGCACCAGGGCAUGGCACCUGCCUUCCCGCCUGGCCUGGGGGGUUCCCUGCCGUCAGCCUACCAGUUCGUCAGGGACCCCCAGUCAGGCCAGCUGGUGGUCAUUCCCAGCGAUCACCUGCCUCACUUUGCGGAGCUGAUGGAGCGGGCUGCGGCGCCCCCGCUCUGGGCCGCCCUGUACCCGCCGGGCCGCGGCCCCCUGCACCACGCCCAGCAGCUGCAGCUCUUCUCCCAGCAGCGCUUCCUGCGGCAGCAGGAGCUCCUGUACCUGCAGCAGCAGGCAGCCCAGGCCCUGGAGCUGCAGAGGAGCGCCCAGCUCGUGCAGGAGCGGCUGAAGGCCCAGGAACAUCGUGUGGAGAUGGAGGAGAAGGUGAGCAAGCGGAGCCUGGAGGCUGCAGGCAAGGCUGGCCUGGCUGCCGCGGGCCCUGGGCUGCUGCCUCGGAAGCCCCCCGGCCUGGCCGCCGGCCCCACCAGCACGUACGGCAAGGCUGUGAGCCCGCCGCCGUCUCCCCGGGCUUCCCCUGUGGCUGCCCUGAAGGCCAAGGUCAUCCAGAAACUGGAGGACGUGUCUAAGGCGCCCACCUACACCUACCCUGCCACACCCAGCUCCCACCCUAGCAGCCCGCCGCCCGCCUCCCCGCCGCCCACUCCUGGCAUCACACGCAAGGAGGAGGCUCCUGAGAAUGUCGUGGAGAAGAAGGACUUGGAGUUGGAGAAGGAAGCCCCCAGCCCCUUCCAGGCCUUGUUCUCAGAUAUCCCACCCAGGUACCCGUUUCAAGCCCUGCCGCCGCACUACGGGAGGCCCUACCCAUUCCUGCUGCAGCCCACAGCGGCCUCCGACGCCGACGGCCUGGCCCCCGACGUGCCACUCCCGGCCGAUGGGCCCGAGCGCCUGGCGCUCUCGCCUGAAGACAAGCCCAUCCGCUUGUCCCCCUCCAAGAUCCCGGAGCCUCUGCGAGAGGGCCCAGACGAAGAGCCGCUGGCAGAACGGGAGGUGAAGGCCGAGGUGGAGGACAUGGACGAAGGCCCCGCAGAGCUGCCCUCCUUGGAGUCGCCUCUGACGCUGCCCCCCGAGGAAGCCCUGGCAGCCCCAAGCCCCACGGCUGGCUGUGGAGGCGGUCUGCUGGAGGCCCAGGCGCUGAGCGCCAGCGGGCAGGGAGGCGUGGAGCCCCCUGGGUGCCCGGACUUCGCGGACAGGGCCGAAGCGCGGGUCGAUUCACCGGGCCGGACAGAAUCGUGCACAGCUGCCCCGGACCUGGGGGCACGACUGACGCCAGAGACACUGGUUGAGGCCAAGGAAGAGCCAGUGGAGGUGCCUGUCGAUAGGCCCAUGGCGGUGCCCCUGGCGGAGGCGGUGCCCGAGGAAGGCCUAGCCCAGGCGGCCCCGAGCGAGCCCCGGCCCAGCCUGGAGUUGGCAGACUGUGGCGUGCCCGCCGGGGAGGGAGAAUGCCUGAGUCUGGAGGCCCGGGAGGCUGCACCUGUGCCCAGCGGCACCUGCUUCCUGGAGGACGAAGGCUCUGACUGGUUUGUGCCCGGCCUGGAGGACCCGUUGGCUGGCAUGAACGCCCUGGCGGCGGCUGCAGAGCUGCCCCAGGCCAGGCCUCUGCCGUCCCCGGGCCCUGGAGUGCAGGCCCUGGAGAAACUGGAGGCGGCGCAGAGUCUGGUCCUGGGGCAGAGUGUCUUGCACGGCAUCACCCUGCUGAGCGAGAUCGCCGAGCUGGAGCUGGAGAAGAGGAGCCAGGACGUGGGAGGUGCAGAGCGGGGCCUGGCAGUGCGGCCCUCACUGGAGAGCCUGCUGGCAGCCAGCAGCCACAUGCUGAAGGAGGUGUUGGACAGCCCCUUCGUGGACCCGCUCAAGAACCUGCGGCUUCCACGGGAGCUGAACCCCAACAAGAAGUAUAGCUGGAUGCAGAAGAAGGAGGAGCGGAUGUAUGCCAUGAAGUCCUCCUUGGAAAGCAUGGAUGCCAUGGAGCUGGACUUCCGGAUGCGGCUGGCGGAGGUCCAGCGGCGGUACAAGGAGAAGCAGCGAGAGUUGGUGAAGCUGCAGAGGCGCCGCGACUCCGAGGACAGGCGCGAGGAACCCCAUAGAAGCUUGGCACGCAGAGGCCCUGGCAGGCCGAGGAAACGGACCCACGCCCUGAGCGCCCUGUCGCCCCCCCGCAAGAGAGGGAAGAGCCACAACAGUAGCGGAAAGCUGAGCAGCAAGCCCCUGCUGACGGAGGAGUACGAGCUUGGAGCAGGGAUGAGGAAGAGACACAAGGGACCUGAGGAGGAACAUGAUGCCCUCGUUGGAACGGGGAAAGUGAGGGGCAGGAACCAGUCUUGGGACGAGCACGAAGCCUCGUCAGACUUCAUGAGUCAGCUGAAGAUUAAAAAGAAGAAGAUGGCCAGUGACCAGGAGCAGCUGGCCAGCAAGCUGGACAAGGCCCUGUCCCUCACCAAGCAGGACAAGCUCAAGUCGCCCUUCAAGUUCUCGGACAGUUCUGGGGGGAAGUCAAAAGGGAGCGGGGGCUGCAACAGGUACUUGACGCCCUACGACAGCCUGCUGGGCAAGGACCGGAAGGCGCUGGCCAAAGGCCUCAGCCUGUCCCUCAAAGCCUCCAGAGAAGGUAAACACAAAAGGGCCGCCAAAGCCAGGAAGAUGGAAGUGGGCUUCAAGGCCAGAGGCCAGCCCAAGUCGGCCCACUCCCCGUUCGCCUCGGAAGUGAGCAGCUACUCCUACAAUACGGACUCAGAGGAAGACGAAGAAUUCCUGAAGGACGAGUGGUCUGCCCAAGGCCCGUCCAGCUCCAAACUGACGUCUUCCAUCCUGUGUGGCAUGGUGGCAAAGAAUAGCAAGCCGUCUGGAGGCCCCAAGCUGACCAAGAGGGGCCUGGCGGCCACCCGGACUCUGAAACCCAAGCCGGCCGCCGGCAGGAAGCAGCCCUUUUGUUUGCUGCUUCAAGAGGUCGAGGCCCGUUCCUCCUUCAGCGAUUCUUCGGAGGACUCGUUUGACCAAGAUGAGAGCUCCGAGGAGGAGGACGAGGAGCGUGAGCUGGAGGAGGAGGAGGACGAGGCCGCCGGCGGCUAUAGGCUGGGGGCCCGGGAGCGGGCCCUGUCGCCAGGCCUGGAGGAGAGUGGGCUGGGCCUGCUGGCCCGCUUUGCAGCCAGCGCCCUCCCCAGCCCCACAGUGGGGCCGUCCCUAUCAGUGGUGCAGCUGGAGGCCAAGCAGAAGGCCCGGAAGAAGGAAGAGCGGCAGAACCUGAUGGGCACGGAGUUUGAGUACACCGACUCGGAGAGCGAGGUCAAGGUGCGGAAGCGGUCCCCUGCCGGGCUGCUGCGGCCCAAGAAGGGACUGGGGGAGCCAGGCCCCUCCCUGGCCUCGCCUGCACCCAGCGCCCGGGGCCCCGGCCCCACCAGCCCCGACAAGGCCAAGCUGGCGGCAGAGAAGGGGCGCAAGGCCCGCAAGCUGCGGGGCGCCAAGGAGCCCGGCUUCGAGGCGGGGCCCGAGGCCAGCGACGACGACCUGUGGACGCGGAGGCGCAGCGAGCGCAUAUUCCUGCAUGACGCUUCGGCCGCCGCCACCCCGGCCCCCAGCAGCACGGCGCCCGCGGCCACCAAGCCCAGCCGCUGCGGCAAGGGGGGCCCGCUGAGCCCUCGCAAGGACACCGGCCGCGCCAAGGACAGGAAGGACCCCAGGAAGAAGAAGAAGGGGAAGGAGGCCGGCUCAGGGGCUGCGCUGCCCCCACCCCGUGUUCCCGCCCUGCCCCCCGAGGCCCGGGCUCCCCACACCAGCCCCCCGGCCACUGCCAAGAGGAGCAAGGCCAAGGCCAAAGGGAAGGAGGUGAAGAAGGAGAAUCGGGGGAAGGGGGGAGCCGUGAGCAAGCUGAUGGAGAGCAUGGCUGCCGAGGAGGACUUCGAGCCCAACCAGGACUCGAGCUUCUCUGAGGAUGAGCACCUGCCUCGCGGCGGGGCUGUGGAGCGGCCGCUGACUCCGGCUCCGCGCUCCUGCAUCAUCGACAAGGACGAGCUGAAGGACGGCCUGCGUGUGCUCAUCCCCAUGGACGACAAGCUGCUGUAUGCCGGGCACGUGCAGACCGUGCACUCACCGGACAUAUACCGUGUGGUGGUGGAGGGCGAGCGCGGGAACCGGCCCCACAUCUACUGCCUGGAACAGCUGCUGCAGGAGGCGAUCAACGACGUGAUGCCGGCCUCCACUCGCUUCCUGCCGCAAGGGACCAGAAUCGCGGCCUACUGGAGCCAGCAGUACCGCUGCCUGUACCCGGGCACCGUGGUCCGAGGCUUGCUCGGCCUCGAGGAUGACGGGGACCUGAUCACCGUGGAGUUCGAUGACGGGGACACGGGGAGGAUCCCCCUCUCCCACAUCCGCCUCCUGCCUCCCGACUAUAAGAUCCAGUGUGCGGAGCCAUCCCCCGCCCUCCUGGUGCCAAGCGCCAAGCGCCGCAGCCGGAAGACCAGCAAAGACACUGGGGACAGCAAAGAUGGGGGCACGCCAGGGUCUGAGGAGCCCGGCGCCAAGUCACGAGGGCGUGGGCGGAAACCCAGCACCAAAGCCAAGAGUGAUAGAGCUGCCGUCUUAGAGGAGGGAGGCCCAACAGAGGAGGUCCCCAGCACCCCGUUGGCCCUGGAGCCCAUCAGCACCCCGAGUUCCAAGAAGAGCCCCCCAGAACCCGUGGACAAGCGGGCCAAAGCCCCCAAGGCUCGCCCAGCGCCCCCACAGCCCAGCCCGGCGCCGUCGACCUUCACCAGCUGCCCGGCUCCUGAGCCCUUUGGGGAGCUGCCGGCCCCCGCCACGGCCCUGGCCCCUGCCCCCCUCGUCACCAUGCCCAUCACCAUGCCUGCCACCCGGCCCAAGCCCAAGAAGUCCCGGGCUGCCGAAGAGGCGGCCCCCAAGGGCACCCGGCGGCCCGGGGAGGAGGCUGAGCUGCUCGUCAAGCUGGACCACGAGGGCGUGACGUCGCCCAAGAGCAAGAAGGCCAAAGAGGCCCUGCUGCUGCGGGAGGACCCGGGCGCCGGGGGCUGGCAGGAGCCCAAGGGUCUCCUGGGCCUGGGCGGCUACCCCCCGGCCACGGGCGGCGGCGAGCCCAAGGCCGCCCGGCCCAAGGCCACUGAUGGCGACCUGGCCCAGGAGCCCGGGGCCGGGCUCGAGUUCGAGGACUCAGGCAACGCCAAGAGCCCGGACAAGGGCCAGGCGGAGCAGGACGGGGCCGAGGAGUCAGAGAGCGGCAGCAGCAGCAGCGACAGCGGCAGCAGCAGCAGCAGCUCAGAGACCGAGGGGGAGGAGGAGGGCCAGGGCGGCGGCGGCCGGAACUGCAGCGCCUCCAGCUCCAGGGCCUCGUCGUCCUCGUCCUCCUCGUCCUCGUCCUCGUCGUCCUCGUCGUCGUCGUCCUCCUCCUCCUCCUCCUCCUCGUCCUCGUCCUCUUCCUCCUCCUCCUCGUCCUCGUCCUCUUCCUCCUCGUCCUCGUCCUCCUCCUCCUCGUCGUCUUCAUCCUCCUCCUCGUCGUCCUCCACCACCGACGAUUCUUCCUGCAGCUCCGACGACGAGGCGGCUCCGGCCCCCGCGGCCGGCCCCUCCGCCCCGCCGGCCCUCCCCAGCAAGGCACCCAAGCCGGCGGGCAAGGCUCGCUCCUCGGCCCACUCCCCGGGCAAGAAGGCCCCGGCGCCCCCGCCACAGGCGCCCCCGCCGCAGCCCCCGCAGCCUCUGCCGCCCAAGGCGCAGGCCGGGGCGGGGGCCAAGAGCCGACCCAAGAAGAGAGAGGGCGUCCACCUGCCCACCACCAAGGAGCUGGCCAAGCGGCAGCGCCUGCCGUCCGUGGAGAACCGGCCCAAGAUCGCCGCCUUCCUACCUGCCCGGCAGCUCUGGAAGUGGUUCGGCAAGCCCACCCAGCGCCGCGGCAUGAAGGGCAAGGCCCGCAAGCUCUUCUACAAGGCCAUCGUGCGCGGCAAGGAGAUGAUCCGCAUCGGGGACUGCGCUGUGUUCCUGUCGGCCGGCCGCCCCAACCUGCCCUACAUCGGCCGCAUCCAGAGCAUGUGGGAGUCCUGGGGCAGCAACAUGGUGGUCCGCGUCAAGUGGUUCUACCACCCCGAGGAGACCAGCCCGGGCAAGCGCCUCCACGAGGGCCAGCACUGGGACCAGAAGUCCGGCCGCAGCCUCCCCGCGGCCCUGCGGGCCUCCAGCCAGAGGAAGGACUUCAUGGAGCGCGCCCUCUACCAGUCCUCCCACGUGGACGAGAACGACGUGCAGACCGUGUCGCACAAGUGCCUGGUGGUGGGCCUGGAGCAGUACGAGCAGAUGCUGAAGACCAAGAAAUACCAGGACAGCGAGGGUCUGUACUACCUCGCGGGCACGUACGAGCCCACCACGGGCAUGAUCUUCUCCACCGACGGCGUGCCUGUGCUCUGCUGAGCGCCCUGGGCGCCGACGGGGGCCCCUCCCCAUCACUGCCACGUCUUGGGGGCCACGUGCGUUGGUCGUGUGCAUGCAAGCGUGCCCGAGUGUGUACAUGUGUGUGCCUGUAUGCAUGCACGUGCGUGCACGCAUGUGCACACGUCCCCAGCCCCCUUCCCCUACCCCUGGGGUUCCCUCCAGACGGGGCUCCUCCCAGCUAUCAGGGUAUGGCUCUGCUGGGUCCCCUUCUGAGGCCUCCCCUCCAGCACCUUGUAAGCACUUGGCCGGGCCGGGCUGGGCCCCCAGGAUCCAGGCGCCUCCCGGCCGGGGCCCACCAGGGAUUCAGAGGGGAGGGGGUUUCCAAGGAACCAAACUGACACNGGCCCGGGAGC